ACGACAGCAGACUGCAUCAAGUAACAUGGAAAAAGACGCUUCUUCUCUAGCGUUUGGUCUGGUCGCAGCUUCAGCGGCUAAAUUUCUGUUGUCGGCAUGGAUACGGAAUAAAAGACUGGAGAUGUUCGAGCAGAUUGGUACGGUGACCGAUGUGAUUUAUUACCCUGUAAAGUCUUGCCAAGGGAUACCAUUGGAAUCGGGCACUCUCUGUCCUCUCGGAAUCUACGCAAACGGAAUGGCGGACAGAAGCUGGAUGUUUACUCGUCCUGAUGGUUCAUUCCUAAGUCAGCGCCAGUGUCCUAGGAUGGCACUCAUCAAAGUCAGCAGUCAUGAUGACUUCAUCCAUCUUGAUGCCCCCAAGAUGCCAACUUUAAAGUUACCAAAGUAUCCAAAGGUUGACAUGUUUAGAGUUUUUGAAUGCAGGGUAUGGGGCCUGCCAAUACCAGGGAUGGAUUGUGGUGAAGAGGCAAACAAGUGGGCUUGUGACUUCCUUGGACAAGAAAACUUGCAUAUAGUUUUCUCAGCCCCAAAUAUGAAGAAGAAAAUUAUUUCUGAUGAAUGUCUGAAUCCAUGGACAGACCUUGUUCGUCCUGAAGAUCAGAGCGUCUUUUCAGACUUAACUUCUUACCUGGUUACCACAAAUAAAUCUCUUGAUGCUGUCAACGAACGUUUAGAAAAGCCUGUCUCCAUCAGGAACUUCAGACCAAAUAUUGUGAUAGAUACCACUCAGAAGGCAUUUGAUGAGGAUUUGUGGGGUGAGCUGCGGUUUGGGGACAAUGUAUUCAUGAGGUGUUUGCAUCCAUGUCCUAGGUGUAUUCUGCCAACAGUUGAUCCUGACACUGGAAAGAAAGAUCCCUCCUUGGAACCAUACAAAACACUGGAGAAAUUCCGAUGUAAACCUGGUUGUGGCGAAGCUCCUUUCUUCGGGAUCAACGCUGCUGUAGAUUUUCCAGCUGAUAUUCAUGUUGGAGAUCCUGUGUAUGCCAGGAACAGAACAAACUAGUUAAUAAUGUCGUAAACUUUACAAAAUCCUUGGUGAUUCAAUAUUUUAGAACAUCAUAGGCAAGUCUUUCCAAUUUAACACCCAGCAAUGACUUUAGGAGGAAUGAUGCUGGAGUUGUUUUGUUUAUAUGAGGAUGUAGUCUAGUCCAGAGAACUUAAGUUUUCAUUUUUUUCAAACUUAAGUGGCCUCUUUUACAAAGUUUAUUAAGCCUACUGCUUUGAUAUGAACUCCACAGAUAGGAUUUACAUGCUACAUGAAGUUGUACUUAUUUUUAAUGCAGGUAUUAAAUUGAAGUUAUAUCCCUUCGUUUAAAUCCUCACUAAGUUAUUGACUUAUGAUUUCAUAUCAUUAUAAACGAUAUUUAGAGCCAACACCGUUGUGAAGUCAACUCCCGGAGGUCAGUACAGCUUUCGGGAUUGAAUGGGAGGAGUGUCAUGACUAGUUUGGAUUAGAACUGACUAAAUUAUUACAGAAUUAUUGGUCAGAACGUAUUACUGCAUUAGCUACUGAAAUUGCUACAGCUAUGGGAACUAAAAUGGCACCUAAUUAUGCUAUAAUUUUUAUGGAUUUUGUUGAACGCCGAUUUCUAUCCUCGCAAGGACUAAUACCAUUAGUAUGGUGGAGGUACAUCGAUGAUAUUUUUUUCAUCUGGCCACACUCCCGAGAGGCACUAUCCUCAUUCCGUGAGGCCAUGAACACGUUUCAUAGAACUAUUAAGUUUACUUUUGAAGUAAGUGAGUUUGAAGUGAAUUUCUUGGAUACUACUAUCUAUAAACUUCCUGACGGGAAGUUGGGGAGUAAAUGGUUCAACAAACCAACUAAGGCAGAGUCUGUCUCGACUGUAUGCCUUGAUGAACAUUAACUUUUUACACUUGAACUAUUUCAAUCAUUAAUUUUGUUAAUUGAUUAUUUCAUGUAUUAGUUUCACUUAUGGUUUUCAUUUCAUAGCUUAACCGUGAAGGACUACUUAUGAUUCAAUGGACAUUAAUUAUUAGUGAGUUAUCGUACUUAGCACUGUUUACUGUAUACAAUCUAUAUUGAGGGUUAUCGUUCUUUAAAUAUUACGUCACAGUUAAAAUGUAAAUUUGCCCGCCCUAGAAGUACUUUAGGUGUCAAAAUUUGAUGGUAAAAUUGUCCUGAUGAAGCCCGGCUUGUAGGGCGAAACCGGUAGACGAACUACCUUAAUAAAAAUUGAAGAACCCGCCUGGAGUCUGUUGGAUUGAUCCAUAUAUACCUUCAUAUCAUUAUGUUGCAAUCAAUCAAUAUUAACGUGAUAGCCCUUCGUUUAAAUCCUCACUAAGUUAUUGACUUAUGAUUUCAUAUCAUUAUGUUGCAAUCAAUCAAUAUUAAUGUGAUAGCCCUUCGUUUAAAUCUUCACUAAGUCAUUGACUUAUGAUUUCAUAUCAUUAUGUUGCAAACAAUGCAUUUUUAACAUUGAUCUGACUUUAAUAAAACUUGCUACUAUGUUUUAUGGUAGAAUGGAAGUUAUUUUGUCUGAUAAUGUGUAUUGUUCUAGCUUUAUUUUUUAUUUGUUGUUGCUUUAUUUGAGAUUGUGUUCAGUUGUCUAUGAAUGAACUAAUCAUAUAGAAAGAAAGACAUUUCAUCCACAUGCUUUUACUUAUGCAAGGAUUUUGUUAAUAUUUGUGUUUGAUUUCUCUUUGUUGUACUAUUUAAUUACAUAGAGUUCAAUAAGAAAUGUGUGUUAUUGUUUAGGUACAUGAAACAGUCACAGAAACGACAUUGCACCUUAGAUUGUGUAAAGAAAUAAUGGUUUUGUUUACUAUUUCAAAUUUUAAAAAAUCUUUAAAAAUUGUGGAGCAGUAAUAUACUGUAUUCAAAGUAUUGAUAUUAUCAUUGACCAAUCAGGGAUUGCCUGAAUUUUACAGCAGGAAACUCUAUAUUUAAGGUGCUAAUAUUUUGUACAUCUUUGUAAACUUGUCAAAUAUAGAAAUAAGUGUAUUUAUGUCAAUUUGCCAAAAAAAAAAAAAAAAAAUUGUAUGUAUAUAUAUAAAACUACACCAUUUAGCUAUGGUUCUAGUACACUCCGAUUGGUUUAAUCUAUGGAUUUUGUUUGGUCUACUUGUGACUGGUAAAGUGUUUUGGCUUUGAUAUAUUGGUCAUUAGUAAAAUCUGUGGGCUCUGACAUUUCGGAGACUGGUAAGAUCUAUGGGCAUUGUUUGAUAUAUCGGAGACUGGUAAGAUCUAUGGGCAUUGUUUGAUAUAUCGGAGACUGGUAAGAUCUAUGGGCAUUGUUUGAUAUAUCGGAGACUGGUAAGAUCUAUGGGCAUUGUUUGAUAUAUCGGAGACUGGUAAGAUCAAAGGGCUUGUUUGAUAUAUCGGAGACUGGUAAGAUCAAAGGGCUUGUUUGAUAUAUCGGAGACUGGUAAGAUCUAUGGGCAUUGUUUGAUAUAUCGGAGACUGGUAAGAUCUAUGGACUUGUUUGAUAUAUCGGAGACUGGUAAGAUCAAAGGGCUUGUUUGAUAUAUGGAGACUGGCAUUGUUUGAUAUAUGGAGACUGGUAAGAUCAAAGGGCUUGUUUGAUAUAUCGGAGACUGGUAAGAUCUAUGGGCAUUGUUUGAUAUAUCGGAGACUGGUAAGAUCAAAGGGCUUGUUUGAUAUAUCGGAGACUGGUAAGAUCAAAGGGCUUGUUUGAUAUAUGGAGACUGGCAUUGUUUGAUAUGCAUUAUCUUUCAAAAUACAACUUGCAGUGUUGUUAUAAAGAAAAUAUUUUUUAAUUGGAUAAUCUUUAAUAUAAAUGGAUAAUUAUAUUGUUGAUACUGUAUGAUUUUUAUCACUGUAAUGUUUUCAUAAGUAUUUCUAAUCUUAACAUUUACCAUGCAGAUAUUUCAAAUAAAUAUAUUUAAAAAA